CCGUCGCCCAAAAAAUCUGCUUCGUCAACAGGAGCCAAGUCGGAGGUGGAUGAGGCUAAAAGUGAUAACGGCUCUCUGUGUGAAGAGAACGAAGAGCUGCUCCUCACGCAGAUGAUAGAGUCUGGCAUGCCUAAAAGUAAACCUGGUAGAAAAUUCAGAGGGAGAGGCGGUGCCGACGGUGGGGCCAGCAGUGGUGCUGGCAGUGCCACAGGCAAGCAAAGCAGCCGUGACUGCAACACGUCAGCCUUCAUCCCCCGGACAUCCAACCUGACGGUCAUGGCCCCGUUCCAUGACUUUAUUCCCACAGACACAAUGAAGACUUACAAUGUUGAAGGGACGCCUAAAAACUUUUCAGCUGCCACGUCUCUCAGUGAUUUGUCCAUAGACUCC